AUGAACUUGGUCGCGACGAAUGAUAUGGAUGAGAUCUAUGAGGAUCCUGAGUAUGGUGAGAUGGGAGAACUGGAGGAGUUAUUGACUAAGGUUGAUGAGAGUGAGGACUCGGAUGAUAUGGCUGCGAGUGUGGAGGCAGCAGUGAAGCAGGAAGAGGAGAUAGUGAUCACGGAUGCAGCAGCAGUAAACGGUGGAGAUGGAGACGAUGUCAACACUUUUGCAGCAGCGAUCGUGGUUGAAGCUGUGAAAGGGGACAUCAUGGUGAAAGGAUCAAAGGCGAAUGCAACUGCAAAGGGGCAAGUGCUUAAGGAGGAUGAACGCGUUGAAGGGUACGAGACCCGAGAGGUGUUGGGUGUAAAGAUGCCGAGGAGAAGCGAGAGGCAUAAGAAAAUCUCUCAAGGUUUGGAUGUCAAGGCGCUCAACUACAAGACACAUAAGCAGAGGUUUGUCUCGGUCAAGAAUGUGUUUUACCAAUUGGUUGCCGGCCCGGGCUACAUCUUCUGCCGCAUCACUCUGAGUGCCGACAUCCCCCCGCCUCGCCUCGCUCUUUGGCCCGCCUGA